ACAUUCAGUGCAGCUUUUACAUAGUGAUUGUGCACCAGAGCAGCUUUUUAACUUUCAAGAGAAAGCGCUUGCUGAUUUCCCCAAUCUACAAGUAUGCACACGCUUGCCCUCUACCUAUUCUUGUUCCCUCUCCUCCCCUCCCUUGUCGCUGCCACCGAAAACCCACAGCCUUAUAAUGCAACUGAUUAUUUUUUACUCAACUGUGGUUCGACCUCCAACUCAACCUCAAAUAAUGGACGGAAUUGGGAAAAUGACUCAAAAUUCUCUCUCCCUGACAUGCGAAACACAUCAUUUCAAUCAACAGCCUCCAAACAAGACCCUUCUGUUGAGAUAGUCCCUUACAUGACUGCUCGUAUCUUCCACAAUCAAUUCACAUACUCCUUCCCUGUCUCACCAGGCCAAAAGUUUGUCCGCCUCUACUUUUACCCAGUUUCAUACUCCGGUGGGCUCGACAUAACCAAGUCCUACUUCUCCGUCACCGCCAAUAGUUUCACACUCUUAAGCAAUUUCAGUGCCUACCUCAACGUUUUUGGGACAAGCUCUCCCUUAGCCAAUAGAGAAUUCAUCAUCAACGUACUGCAGACCGAUGAAAGGCUCAACAUAACUUUUAUUCCAUCUCCAAGCUCUUACGCUUUCAUCAAUGGUAUUGAAAUCGUUUCUAUGCCAAACAAUCUCUACACAGACCACACAGACGACAGUGUCACCUUCGUAGGUAACAACCAUUUCUACAAUUUCGACGACACCACUUCUCUUGAGACUCUAUACCGGGUGAACGUCGCUGGUCGAGACAUCUCUUCUGUUAAUGACACCGGAAUGUACCGGGUUUGGGAACAGGACGAGAAAUAUAUUUUCGGUGGGGAUUUGGGAACAACUCCUUUCCUGUCCAACGCUAAGAUCCAAUACACUGACGACACGCCGGCCUACACAGCGCCAGAGACGGUUUAUAGGACUUACAGAACUAUGAAUCGAGAUUCUCAUGUCAACCUGAAAACCAACCUCACGUGGUUCUUCACAGUUGAUGUUGGGUUUCUUUACCUUGUUAGGCUGCAUUUCUGUGAGACUCAGCUGGAAGUUACUGAAGAGAAUGAACGCAUAUUUACCAUAUUUAUCAAUAAUCAGACGGCUGAGCGUGAAGCGGACGUGAUCCACUGGAGCGGUGGUAGUAAAAUUCCAGUCUACAGAGACUACAUUGUGUCUGUACAAGAUGAAAAACCUGGGAAGCAAGAAUUAUGGCUCGCGCUACAUCCAAACAUGAACUCGAAACCCGUAUACGCCAACGCAAUUUUGAAUGGUCUAGAAAUAUUCAAGCUCAAUAAAACUGAUGGUAGUCUUGCCGGGCUCAACCCAGAUCCGAUUACAUCAACCUCUCCACCAAUUGCAACCCGAGACUUGCCAUUAACGAAGCCAAAACAUAAUCUGACAACAACAGCAAUAAUUGCAAUAGCUGUUGGUGCAAUAUUUGGUAUAGCUCUACUCUCUGUUCUUAGUUUUUUGAUUUUCCGGAGGAGAAAGAGGGUCAAGGACUUGGGCAAGACCAAGUCAAACACAAUCAAUGGCUCAUCUCUACCGUCAGCUGUAUGCCGAUACUUUUCGUUUUCUGAAAUCAGAGCCGCCACAAACAGUUUUGAUGAUGUUUUGAUCAUAGGGUUUGGAGGGUUUGGGAACGUGUACAAAGGUUACAUUGAUGAUGGGGCCACCCAAGUUGCAAUCAAGCGACUCAAAUCUGGGUCACAACAGGGGGCCCACGAGUUCAGGACCGAGAUCGAGUUACUCUCCCAGCUUCGACACCAUAAUCUUGUGUCUCUGAUAGGCUAUUGUAAUGAAAACCGUGAAAUGAUACUCGUAUAUGAUUAUAUGACUCGUGGGACUUUACGUGACCAUUUGUACAACACCAAUAACCCUCCUCUUUCAUGGAAGCAACGGCUAGAGAUUUGUAUUGGUGCAGCGUAUGGGUUGCAAUACCUUCACGCUGGGGCUAAGCGUACGGUGAUUCACCGUGAUGUAAAGAGCUCGAAUAUUCUCUUGGAUGAGAAUUGGGUGGCUAAGGUUUCUGAUUUUGGGUUGUCUAAACUUGGUCCAACUAGCUUGUCGAAGACCCAUGUAAGCACAGAGGUUAAAGGUAGCUUUGGGUAUAUGGAUCCAGAAUAUUAUCGACUUCAACAGCUGACUGAAAAGUCCGAUGUGUACUCUUUCGGUGUAGUGUUGUGUGAAGUACUGAGUGCAAGACCACCGUUGCUUCGUACUGCUAAGAAGAACCAAAUGAGCCUUGUUGAUUGGUUUCAAGAAUGCUACCGUAAUCAAAUGCUUGAUGAAAUUGUUGAUUCAUUUUUGGAGGGUUCGAUCGUGCCAGAGUCUCUAAAGAAAUUUGGUGAGGUCGCAGUGUCUUGCUUGCUCGAUGAUGGAAUCAAACGGCCAUCGAUGAAUGAUGUGGUGUGGGGUCUCGAGUUUGCAUUGCAAUUACACGAGAGCCCAAAAAAUAUCAGCCUCGAUGAGACUAAAAUAGAAAUGGUGGAUAUUGAGAAAUCCCUUUAUCCAAUGUACGCAAUUGGGGAUAGUUCUGAUAGCAUGUUCGCUAGUAGUAGUGAACUCGUGUGGAAUUCAAAGGGUAGCGGCGUGACCAUGACAAGCAGCGAGGAGCAAAAUUUUGAUUAUACGCAAUCUGAUAAAUUGAUGUCAGGGAAUGUGUUUUCUGAGCUUAUGCAUGCAAAUGGGCGAUAAUAGAAUUCAAGCAAGAAGAGGGUGGUGGUAGUUCUUCUAAGCCGAAUUAAAAUAAAUAAAUUGUUAGUUUUAUAACUUUUCUUAGUGGCCAUAACGCCAAUCUUUUUUCUUUUUAUCUUUUUUUAGGAUAGGAAAUGCCAAUAUAUUUGAAUUUAUGCUUUGUAA